GGUAGCAGGUCUGGGCACGGUUCGCGGGAGCAACUUGGCGGCUCGUCCCCUUCCUCCCCUCUGCCCGGGCCAGCGCGGCCAUGGCGGGCGCGGGCGGGCGGCCUCGCCGCUCCUAGAGCCGCCGCAGCCCGGGAGCCGCCGCCGCCGCCGGGAUGAGCUCCCUCGCCUUCGACGACGCGGCCCUGGAGGGGCUGGCGCCGUCCCUCGGCCUCUCCGGGGCCAGCGACAUCGACACGGCCCUGCUCAGCGACAUCGACGACAUGCUCCAGCUGAUCAACACGCCGGACAAUGACUUCUCGGGACUGUUUGACUCACCGUUCGGUGCCCCUGACAGCGCCGUGCCCCCGGGGCUCCCCCCGCCACCGGCCACCCUCGGCACCUACCUGGGGCCCAGCAAGACUCCCCCCGCCGCCCCCACCGGCAGCAACUACCCGGGGCCCCCCGGGAUGGCGGCCUUCGCCCCGCAGCCCCCAGCCCCACUCCUGCCGGCGCCGACCCCGGGUGUCAAGGAGGAGCUGGCGGCCGUGCCCAGCAGCCAGCCCCAGCCCGGCGUGAUGCUGGCCCCCAGCUUCGUCCCCGCGUCCUCCGGCCAGUUCAACCCCCAGCCUUUAGUGGGCUACCAGAACCAGCACGGCUUCUCCGCCGUGCAGCCCGGGAGUGCGGGGCAGGCCCUGCCGAGCCCCCUGCCCGCCCCGCAGCCGGGCCCCCCCGUGGCACUACCUGGCCCCGUGCAGAGCGUGGCAGCCCAGCAGCUCCUGGCCCCCGCCGCCCCCACCAGCCAGCCUGUCUCACCCCAGAUCCAGCAGGUGCCGGUCCUGCUGCAGCCCCAUUUCAUCAAGGCUGACUCCCUGCUGCUGACGGCCGUCAAGACGGACGCUGGCGGUGCCAAGACCUCCAGCAUGGCCUCCCUGGCCACCAGCGCCAGCGGCUCUGCCACCUCGCUGCAGGUGCCGGCACUGGUGAGCGGAGGGACCAUCCUGGCAACGGUGCCGCUGGUUGUGGAUGCGGAGAAGCUGCCCAUCAACCGGCUGGCGCCCAGUGGGAAGCCGGCGCUGGUGCAGAGCAGGGGGGAGAAGCGCACGGCGCACAACGCCAUCGAGAAACGCUACCGCUCCUCCAUCAACGACAAGAUUGUGGAGCUCAAGGACCUGGUGGUGGGCACCGAGGCCAAGCUCAACAAGUCGGCCAUCCUGAGGAAGGCGAUCGAAUACAUCCGCUUCCUGCAGCAGAGCAACCAGAAGCUGAAGCAGGAGAACCUCGCCCUGAAGAUGGCCAUGCAGAAGAAUCAGUCCUUGAAGGACCUGGUGGCCUCCUGCAGCGGCGGGGCUAAGGCGGAGGCCCCCAUGGAGGUGGUGAAGGCAGAGGUGAUGGAGAUGCUGACGCCGCCGCCCUCGGACGUGGGCUCGCCGUCCCACAGCAGCCCGCUCUCGCUCAGUGGGGGCAGCAGCAACAGCAGCAGCGACUCGGAGCCCGACAGCCCCCUCUGCGACCACGGCAAGGUGAAGCAGGAGCACCCGCCGCCCUCGCCCAGCAGUCAGGGCAUGCUGGACCGCUCCCGCAUGGCCCUCUGCGCUUUCGUCUUCCUCUGCCUCUCCUUCAACCCCCUGGCCUCCCUCCUCCGCGGCUCCGGUGCCCCGGCCCCUGUGGGGAGCCCGGACACCGCUGGUCCCCGCAGGAGCAUCAUGGCUGAGUCCGGCACUAUGGAGGAGCCGUGGGGGUGGUCGCAGUGGCUGUGGCCCACGCUGGCCUUCUGGGCGCUGAACGCGGCGCUGGUGCUGGGGGCGGUGGUGCGGCUCUUCGUCUGCGGGGAGCCCGUCACCCGCCCCCACUCCGAGCCCUCCGUCCUCUUCUGGCGGCACCGCCGGCAGGCCGACCUCGACCUCGACCGGGGGGACUUCGCCCAGGGCGCCCAGCACCUGCGGACGGCGCUGGGGGCACUGGGGCGGCCGUUGCCUGCCUCCCACGGGGACCUGGCCUGCAGCCUGCUCUGGACCCUGCUGCGCCACCUGCUCCAGCGCCUCUGGGUGGGACGCUGGCUGGCCGCCCGCGCCGGGGGGCUGCGUCCCGACCCCCCGCCCCCCGCCCACGUCCGUCAGAGCGCCCGCGACGCCGCCAUGACCUACCACCGCCUGCACCAGCUCCACCUCGCCGGGAAGCAGGCGGGGGGGCACCUACUGGCCAUCAACCUGGCGCUGAGCGCCGUCAACCUGGCCGAGUGCGCCGGUGACGCCGUCUCCGUGGCCGCCCUGGCCGAGAUCUACGUGGCGGCCGCCCUGCGGGUCAAGGCCAGCCUGCACCGCUGCUUCCACUUCUUGGCCCGCCCCUUCCUCUGCAGCGCCCGGCGGGUGGCCCUGUCCCACGGCGGGGCUGUGCCCCCCGCCAUGCAGUGGCUCUGCCACCCCUUGGGCCACCGCUUCUUCGUCGACGGGGACUGGGCUGUCAAGGGCGUCCCGAGGGAGACCAUCUACAGCUCCGCCGGCAACCCAGUGGACCCGCUGGCGCAGGUGACCCAGCUUUUCCGCGAGCACCUCCUGGAGAAGGCGCUGUGCUGCGUGGCCAUGCCCGAGCCCGGCCGCCCCACUGCCCAGGGAGAGGGCAGGCGCUUUUCCAAUGCUCUGGAAUACCUCCAGCUCCUCAACGGCUGCUCCGAUGCCAGCGGCGUGCCCGGCCCUGCGCCCUCCAUCAGCUCCAGCUUGGCAGCCGUCACAGGCACCGACCCCGUGUCCAAGUGGUGGGCGUCCAUCAUUGGCACAGUUAUUCACUGGCUUCAGGGAGAUGAGGAGGGGGCCGAGCGCCUCUACCCGCUUGUGGAGACCAUGCCCCGGGCGCUGCAGAGCUCUGAGAAGCCCCUGCCCCGCGCCGCCCUGCACUCCUUCAGGGCCGUGCGCGCCAUGCUGAGCAAGCAGGACGGGAGCCAGGCCAGCCUCAGCCACUGCGAGAAGGCCAGCAGCUGCCUGCGGGAGAGCCUGGAGCUCGGCAGCCCCCCCAAGGGCACCAUCGACAAGGCGGUGCAGCUCCUGCUGUGCGACCUGCUCCUCGUCACCCGCACCAACCUGUGGCAGCAGCAGAUGAGUGCCAGCCAGCAGCGCAGCUGCCUCUACCAGGCGUCCGCCAUCGAGCUCCGCGGCUUCCAGCAGGACCUCAGCAGCCUGCGGCGCCUGGCCCAGACCCUCCGCCCCGCCAUGCGCCGGGUGUUCCUGCACGAAGCCACCGCCAGGCUCAUGGCCCGGGCCAGCCCCACGCGCACCCACCAGCUGCUGGACCGCAGCCUGCGGAGGAGAGGGGUGCAGGGCAACAAAACAGCCGGCGAGCCGGAGAGUCACCCGACGCCGCGGGAGCACGCCGAGGCCCUGCUGCUGGCCUGCUGCUACCUCCCGCCCAGCUUCCUCUCGGGCCCGGGCCAGCGCGUGGGCAUGCUGGCCGAGGCCGCCCGCACGCUGGAGAAGCUGGGUGACAAACGGACGCUGCACGACUGCCAGCAGAUGAUCAUCAAGCUGGGCAGCGGCACCACCGUCACGUCGGGCUAGCCCAGGAGGAGGACCGGGGGUCAGGGGGCACACGCAGGCUGCCAGCCCCUCUGGGUCGGGGAUGUGGGGAAGCCGGGUGGCCGGGGGCAGCGGGGAGGUGCGUGCCUCAGUUUCCCCCUUCUGCGGGACGGUGUUAGGGAGCAGGUUUUAAGGUGAGGGGGCGGGUGGCGAGGGACAGGGUGAUGCCCAGUGCCACCGGCGGCGGCUGUGGAGGUUCCUGGCGUGGGACAGCCACGCGUGGGGCAUCCCGGGUGGCCUCGGCCACCCCAGGGCUCUGUCCUUCUCCCCAGCCCGCUCGGGUGGUGGGACGUGGGGACCUCUAGUGACACUGUCACAGUAUUGCAUGGCACCGGGAUGCUCGGCCAGCCUGGACCCAGUGCCACCUGUACUCCCCCGUGCCCUGGCACAGGGUGUGGGGAGGUCCAUCCUCACCCCCCCCUUCUCCUGGUGCCCCUGCCCGGUGCCCCCCCCCCCGCCGUGGGUCCCGCUGCCGCAGGGGGGGCUUGGGGCGCCUCGGCUUUGCCCCCGUUAUGGUGGGGAGGAGGUUUGCCCCCAUGGUGGUGGCUAAGGGUCCUUUCCCCAACCAUGCCCAUGGUAGGCAAGAGGGGACCCCCAGCCUACACCUCUGCCCCCACCUUCCCCCAGCCCUGACCAGUCCCCCCAGUUAGGAGCUGCCACCACCCCCCCCAGGCACAGCUGGGCCUGAGCGCUUUCAGAGAAGGGAUGGCAGGGUGCCACAGGGCUCCCAGGGGGCUGGGGGGGUGCCCCUGUCCCUUUGCUUCACCCCCUCUUGUACAUAGCCCCCUACCCUACCCCAGCCCCCCCCUCCCCGCCUUGCCUUUUUAAACGGUAUUUUCAUAGUUGGAGAGUUUUGUACAGACAAAUUAAAGCUGAUUAUUUAUACCGGUGUGUGCUGGAGUGCGGGUUGGGGACAGACACUGGACUUGGGGGGUACACAGAACCUGGCUGGGGCAAGGGACCCUCCCCGGCAUCCCCCUCUCCGGCUGGGCAUCCCUCCCUCCGGCUGGGCAUCCCUCCCUCCGGCUGGGCAUCCCCUUCAGCUGGGCAGCCCCGUCUGUGGGUCCUGCCUUGCCCCCGCGGACUGCACAGGAUGGGGGGUGACAAGGGUGGCAGGGAUGGGGACAGCGGGUGCGAAGGGACCCCAAACACACCCUCUUUGCCCUAAGGUACG